AUGCCUGCAUGGAGUGGGAUUCAUGGCAAUUGCCUAUCUGAGCAGUAUUAUUUCAGGAAUGUGGAAAGAGAUGACAUUCAUAUUGUCACGUGGAUGGAUCACAGAGCAAAGGAACAAGCCGCUUCUUUUAAUUCUCAGGAACAUUAUGUGCUGAAAUACGUGGGAGGUAAAGUGUUGCUGGAAAUGCAGCUCCCAAAACUUCUUUGGCUCAAGAAGAAUAUGAAAAACACUUGGGCCAGGGCUGGCCAUUUUAUAGAUUUACCAGAUUUCCUGACCUUGAAAGCCACAGGACAGUUUUCAAGGUCACUCUGCUCAUUAGUGUGCAAAUGGACCUACAUGAGUGUGAGCGGCUGGAUGGGAAGCGGGUUUUUAAAACCAUUGGGCGGGAAAGUUUUAGUGUGUGACUCUCACAAAAUUGGUCUGAUUUGUGGAACAUCAACUUGUCACAUGUGUGUGAGUGUAGAUCCCAUCUUUGUGCCAGGUGUGUGGGGACCAUAUUACAGUGCUAUGAUUCCUGGCUGCUGGCUUGCUGAAGGUGGACAGAGUUCAACUGGCAGUCUUGUUGAUCACAUUAUAAAAACUCAUCCAGCAGCUAAUGACUGCCCAGAUGAUUCACCUUGUUUAAAAAUGAAAUGCACCCAGAUUGACUUAAUUGAGCUAAUUGUUUCAUCAGGGAAGACAGUGAUGACACCUGGGACUAACUGUGGCAAAAUCUCUGCAACAGCAGCAUUGGAAUUGGGACUAUCUGACAGCACCUUUGUUGCAACGUCUAUUAUUGAUGCUCAUGCAGGAGGCCUGGCUCUGGUGGCCGCUGGGGCAAAAACCAAGCAAGAUCUCAUUCAUGAUGCUAUGUUUGUACAAAGAUGGGUGACAUUUAAGUGUUUCAGAAAGCCACUUGGUCUGAUUUGUGGAACAUCAACUUGUCACAUGUGUGUGAGUGUAGAUCCCAUCUUUGUGCCAGGUGUGUGGGGACCAUAUUACAGUGCUAUGAUUCCUGGCUGCUGGCUUGCUGAAGGUGGACAGAGUUCAACUGGUGGUCUUGUUGAUCACAUUAUAAAAACUCAUCCAGCAGCUAAUGACUGCCCAGAUGAGAAUGUGUAUGAAUGGCUUGAAGGGAUAUUGGAAGCAAUGGCCAAAAAACACCAACUGAAUAGUCCCACAUUUCUGGCCAAGAAUCUGCAUUUAUAUCCAGACUUUCAUGGCAAUAGAUCUCCUCUGGCUGACCCCUCCAUGGUGGGAAUGAUAUGUGGUCUCACUCUGGCCUCAAGUAUGCAGGACUUAGCUCUGUUGUAUCUAGCAACUCUGCAAGCAUUAGUUGUACUGGGUCUAGCGCUCGGCACUGUGUCUAACACUGUCUUGGGUACCCAGGUACUGGGUCUAGGAGCCGGCACUGUGCUGGGUGCCCAGAUGCUGGGUACCCAGAUGCUGGGUACCCAGAUACUGGGUCUAGCAGAUGACACUGUGUUGGUAGCACCACCUGGAGCACCAUCUGAAGCACCACCUGGAGUACCACCUGGAGCACGAUCUGGUGCACUACCUGGAGUACCACCUGGAGCACUACCUGGUGCACCACCUGGAGCACUACCUGGAGCACCACCUGGAGCACUACCUGGUGUACCACCUGGAGCACUACCUGGUGCACCACCUGCAGCACCACCUGCAGCACCGACUGCCUCAUAUCUGGAACCUCGUCUUCAGUUUUUCUUAUGGAGAAUUUGUUUAUUCUGUGAAUUGUCUUUAAGAUAA